CAUAUUCCAGGGAACCUUCUGGCGGUUGCCACAGGAGUCUUGCCAAGCCUGGCAGCUCCUGGUGCCAGGAGGUCCUGGUCCUCAGGGGUGCUGCAGCAAGGUCCUGCUGCCCCCACAGAGAAGUAGGCUAGUGAAUCCACAGUGUUGUGAGGAGUGAGAGAAGGGGGCACUAAUGGGGCCUGGCCGGGCAGCUAUGAUUGGGAGAGUGCCCUGGGGGCGGAGCUAGGCAGACAACAAGGGUGGGUUGGGCGACUCCACAACCACUAAAGAGGAUUGAAGGUUCUCUAGCUGCAGAAGGUCACCCUGAGCCUGAAGCUAAGCUCUCCCGAGGGGGAAGAAGAAAGAUCACCAAUGGCAGAAGGCCGUGGCAGCAUAGGCGCAGAAAGAGCUUGUUUUGUGCUCAGGAGAGAACACGGCAUCUCAGCCUCCUGGUUUUAGUGGCAUUCAGCAUUCAAGAAGGAUAACCCAACCUACCCGUCAUGGCAACUGCAGAAGCUAUACCUGAAGUAGUGGAAGGCCCCUUAUUAGAAACCACCCAGCGAGAUUUUUUGCAAGAAGCAAAAUCUCUUAUCGCCCAGCAUUACAAGAGAGUAAACGAGAAUAAGGCUCAUGGAACGUCUAUAGAUGUCUUUAAAAACAAACACCAAAAACCGAAAACUGGCCAAUUCAUACCUUUCGAGAUUAAGAAAAGUGAAAUCCUUAAUGUCGUUGAAGAACAUCGGUUGGUACUCAGAAGCAUUAGCUCCCCCAAGGACACUGCUAAAUGCUCAAAUUUAACUGAGGCCUCACAGCAAACUUCCUUGAAGGAGCAGCAUGUUCCGAAUAUAAAAAAUAAGUACCAGCCUGUAGACCUUUUAAAAAAAGAAAAAGUGAAACUGGGUAAAAUAAUGGACGAUAUUGAAUCCGUGAGUAAGAGAAUGGAGAAAGAGAAGGAGAUGAAUCUCAGGAAGUACAGGAUGUCGGAACCCUUCUAUUCCCAGAUUGGCUUGUCUUUGCAUAAUGCGACCUCCCAUUUGGGACUUCUGAAGGAACUUGCAGACAGGACUCUUUAUGAUCAGAGGAGCACUGCAUUGAUGAGAUCUUCCCAUUUGCCUCAUGAAUCUGCUCAGACUUUAUCAGGAGCCUCGAUAAUAUUUAAGGAUUAUUAUAUUAGACCCUUGAAGAAGAAAGAGAUACAACCUAUCAAGAAAGAGCUGAAGCCUCUAAACAAAAGGUCACAGAUUAUUGUAAAGCCUGAUAAAAUCAACAACAAAGUUAAAAGAAUUGGACCACACAUAGAAAUUUUCCAGCUGUUCCAGGGAAGAAAAAGACUUAUAUUUACUAAAAGAAUUGUUAAACUGAUCAUCAUUAUACAAGCAUUUAUCAGGGGGUGGCUUGAGCGCAAAAGACUUCAACGAUUAAAGAGCAAGGCUUUGUAUCAUGGGCCGAAUUUGAAAGCAGUUAUAAAAAUGUAUCGGAGCUUAAUCCACCGUGUUAGACACCGUCUUGGUCUUUGGAGAACAAGACAGAUUAUAUACUUUGGAGAGCUAGAAGAAUGGAUGGACAGAAAAAAAUUCUAUGAAACCAUGUUUGCCAAGAGAGAAGACUGGCAAGGAUUAGAAAGAAGUGAGCUGCUGAAGUACUUCAACGACUGUGGUCAUUUCCCCACGCAGAAGCAGAUCGAUGAGCUCUGGGACCUGUUCCACAGAUAUAGUGAAGGAAAAUAUUCUGAAGUAAUCAGAAAGUCCAGUGCUAUUGAACUAUUAUUUACACUCUAUCCUCCUCAAGGUGCCAGAGUGAACGCUGGCACAAGACUGCGGUCCACGUGGCUGAGACCCUUGGUGGAUGGGGAAGAAGGCUAUAAGUACAUAGUGACUGGACAUCCAAUACUCAAGAGAGCUAACAUCCGGACUGUUGGGAAGUUGGUGGCUAGAUCCAUAAGAGAAAGAAAAAUGAGACAAUUUUAUAAAUCAUGAGAACUGGAAUAAAAUUUUCAACACAGUGCUUCAUUUAAUAGUUGAACUUACCUCCUCAGAAAAGCAUAUUAGUAAUGAACGCAGAAUGACUUGCUAUCAACAGGAUAAAAGGAGGAAUCUUUGCAUAUGCGAAAGGGGCUGUUGACAAGUUAGUUCCUCAUUUCUAAGUAAGUUUGGAUGAGCGGUCUUUAUCGUCCUCAUUAAACAUCUGCUAAUCAUGAUGACGUGAAGCUGUGCAGUGUCACUUAUUAA